AUCGCUCACACCUGACUCCACAGAACGUCAAAACCGACACACCUGUUGAGCUCCAUGCGGAUUUAGUCCCUUUUCGGUGAGGCUGUUCAGAAUGCGGGCCGUGGUACCCAAGGCCUGGACCUAGCGAAUGCACAAGCCCUAGCCCUGCCAGGACCGCCAAGGCAGCUAUCGAUAUCCGCCCGCUGCUGCGAUGCGCUAAGUCGGGUUCGCUCAAUCGCCUAUCACAUUCCCAUCGUUGUCGCCGCUCCAGGUGGAGAUGGUGAAACCAGGCUUAGCGUCCCGCCCGCUUCGCUUCCAUGCUGCACAGCCGUCGGCUUAUCUUGCGCCAGUUGCCAUCGGGCGCACAAUAGCUCCGCAUCUGUCUUCAUUCUCGUGAGUCGAGAGCACGCACAUGCUAGCUAAUACUCCCAAGCUCUGUGUACCAUCUUGCUCCUAGAGCUAUAAUUGCUACUCACGAGCUGUUCUAUUCCUGAGGCACGUUCAACGACACUGUCGAUCUGGAUCCUACAACUACCGGAGGCUUGCAAAUUUACCGGACAAUCUUGGAACAUUUAGACUUUCCCUCGUCAAGCACAUUGUGGGACCAGCACCAUGACAGUGGUCAGGCAGCCAAUCCAUUGCGUGGCGUUUAAGCGGACUCAGAACAGAAUCGCGCACUCAAUUUCGUGUAUGGCGUUUCUGCCAGCCAUACAGCGCCCCGGUUGGAGCAUGCUUACAUUACUAAAAGAAAAAAAUUGCUCUCGUCCAAAGAGCUACACAUAGAUCAUGCGAAACGUGCAUGUCCGCACCACCGCCGAACACGUUCCCAAAACGAAAGAAGCCUGCUUGUCUGGAGCUGAGGAGUAGCGCGCACUCUCUACGGCAAAGAGCACCAGCCGAGGCCAAGCCUGUAGGCUGUGCGGGCAGCCGCUGUCAAGCACACAUAAAUAGUGUCCCUUGCGGCUCUCCUGUUCCGUGUCUUGCCCCGCAAACCACUCUCCCCACAGACAAAAAUGGCUGCUUCUACAUCCUCUAUGCGGCAGGUCCUCGUCGCGUCGCAGCGCGCACUAGGUCGGGGUGUGUCUGUUCAUGCAGUCAGACGUCGCUCUAUGAGUACGGCCGCCAUGGCCCUACCUCUCGAGGAGCCAUCCACCAUUGACCUGCCCAUCUUCGACAUCUUCGACGCCCCCAGCCGCCUGGGGGAGUCCUCCAAAAUGCUCGCCGAGGCGGCCAGGAGCCGUCCUGAGCGCGUCGCUAGCAGGGCCGUCGAGCGCGAUGGCCCCGCACGCGCAACCGUAAAAUCGCUCCCUCCACCGACGAUCUACGAUGGUCCAGCGAGGCCCAGGGGGCUUGCGCUGGGGCCUCGGGUGCGGGGGAUGCACUCCCGGGCCAUGCACACAUCGGAGGCUCGUGAACUGCCAAGCGCAUUGCCGCCUCCGGAGCUCUUCGACGGCCCUUCGCGCCUUCGUCCGUAUACUCGGGAUCGGAUCUCAUCAGAUGACUCAGUAUCCUUCGCUACCCUACUCGUUGGAGCGGCAGCGGCGGGAACUCUCGCUUACACUGCCUGGAGUAAGGUCGAGGAGAGGGCGGAGCAAGUCAAAAGGCAACGAGCUGAGCGACGUGCCACUUACCGGCAGGCUCACUUCUCAUAGAGAAGCGUGGCUCCGCGUUGAGAUGUAAUAAAUUAGCGGGCUCGUCUCCGGAUUAAUUCGCUGUAAAAAUCUGCCUAAUGUAGCAUGUAAAUUGGACCCUAUUUGUAUUAUCUUCAUGUAUUGGGCACCGCAAUGAGCGAAUGGAAAAU